AUUUUACUACCGAGAUCGCCGACAAAGACCGCCAUCAACUUUUUUGGGCUUUUGUCAUCAUCUCCGAAUAAUAACUCUAGACUUAUCCUACAAACUUCCUCAGUUUCCAUCUCUUCCGUCACAUAUCUCCCCCCUCAAUCGUCAUCACUGAUUUCGCUAGCCAUCAAACAAACAAACCUACGAUAUUUCCAUCCCUCUCGACCAUUAAUAAAUCACUCGGGUCUCAAUAUCAUCCAAAUCGCAUAUCGGACACCAAACCCACAUAACCAUCAAAAAUGUUGUCGCGAACACUCGCAAAUACUGCUCGUCGAGCGAUCGCAUCGGCCACCCCUCGUAUCGCCACACGCCAGACACUCAGCCCAGCCGCCAACAUCAUCCGCCGAUCAUACCAUGAGAAGGUUCUCGACCAUUAUAGCCGACCGCGCAACGUUGGCUCUAUGCUGAAGACGGACGUUGAUGUUGGUACUGGCCUAGUAGGCGCUCCGGCUUGCGGCGAUGUCAUGAAGCUGCAGAUCAGAGUUGAUCCGAAAGACAACACCAUCGCCGACGUCAAGUUCAAGACUUUUGGCUGCGGCAGUGCUAUCGCGAGCUCGAGUUAUUUAACCGAGCUUGUAAGGGGAAUGACUUUAGAAGAGGCUGGCCGAAUUAAGAAUACCGAAAUCGCUAAGGAGCUUUGCUUACCGCCCGUCAAGCUGCACUGCUCUAUGUUAGCCGAGGAUGCCAUCAAGUCCGCUAUAUCUAACUACUAUAGCAAGAAUCCUCAUGCUAAGCCGACAAACCUUGCUGGUACUGGGGCAAAGUUACCCAAUAUCGGGGAGGCUGUGGCGGCGGCAGCGGCUUGAAACAGAAACUCCAUCUCCGCGUCGGAUUUAUGACUAAGUCAUUCGUUAACAUGCAUGGGAUAUGGAGUCUGGGUACAAUCAAUAAGGGCGGAAAAGUUGCAGUUUAGGUGAUGGUGCGAUCGGCUCACGCAGAAAUGGAAGAAAGGAAAGAAAUGGCAGUAAGGAUUAAGCGAACAGAUCGACGCGAGUCUUAUCUGCCCAAGUGGCCACUGUUUUCAGUUAAGGGAUGUUGUAUUUUAGGUACGAUUGGAGUUGUGCGGGAUGGACUUCUCAUCUCAUCGUCAACCGAGUUCUUGGACUAAUAAUGCUGUUCAACCGCUCAUUAAAGAGAUCCAUGGGAGGUACCAUCGUCCUGGUUUAGGCAAUAAAAUUGUAAAACCGACUUGAGUCGCAAUAUCAUUAACUUCAUCUUGCCUCAUCUACUCAUUGACUAAUUGAUACCGAACUCGGAGUGUUUGAUGGAAAUGCAUAGUACUACGUAUGUAAUUG